AUGGUUUGGACGGACGAGGGGAGACGCGUGACUCGCAGCGCUGCCCAAGGGCUCGAAAAUGACACGGCAGCGCAUUCCCAUGCUCAAUUUUGUGCCGGCCGUCAAGUCGUAGGCGAGGAGGAGAGCCGAGGUGAGGACGAGACCGCCGAGAAUCACAAAGGCGGCGAGGAUGGGGGCUCGCACGCGGUGCUGAUGGCUCGCGAAGGAGCCGAUUCGGUAGACGACCAUGGUGGUGAAGAGGGCGACGAGCAAGGCCAUGACCCAAAGGAUGACGAGACGGCGGAGAAGAUGGCCGGCAUGGUAGGCGUUGAUCAUCUCCCGCACGUCGGCAUGCUCGGCGAGGUCAUUGCUGAAGUUGGCGACGAUGGCGACAUGAGUGGCGGUGGCGAGGAAUCUAGCAGAAGAGAGGACUCUGGCGGAGAAAAAGCCUCUGGCAGAAGAGAGAACUCUAGCAGAGGAGAGGAGUCUGACGGAGGAGAGGAGUCUGACGGAGGAGAGGAGUCUGUCGGAGGAGAGGACUCUGGCGGAGGAGAGGAGUCUGGCGUAGGAGAGAACUCUAGCAGAGGAGAGGAGUCUGACGGAGGAGAGGAGUCUGACGGAGGAGAGGAGUCUGACGGAGGAGAGGAGUCUGUCGGAGGAGAGGACUCUGGUGGAGGACUCUGGCGGAGGAGAGGAGUUUAG